UCAGCUUCUCUCGUGCUAGCCUGUUUUGCACUACAAUUUCAUUUCCUCUCGACUUUAAGUUAAGUCUUUUAGUGGAACGGAAGCUAUUCAUAUAUUUACACCUCAUCCGCGGGUGUGUUUUGUGUGUGUGUGUGUGUGUGUGUGUGGAUAAGGGUGUGUGCGCGUGUGUAUGUAUGUAGAGAAAUGUAGGAAGUAACGAUAACAACUUUCCAGCAAGAACGACGAGGAGACGUUAAUUCGUGUAUCAAAGAAGCAGUGAUUAUAAGCGGGAAAAGUACGGAGAAUUUGGAGGAAAUUAGGUUUACGUGAUUUAAAGUUGUUUGAAGAAGCUUUAUGUGUCUCUUUUUCUUCUUCUUUUCCUUCUUAUUUUAAGCUCAGGCGUUUAUUUUUUCACCCCUUUCCUUGUAUGAUUGGAGAUCGUUAAAGUCAAACAAGAGCACUUCACUCUCUUGUCAGUGGAUUUUCGACUUUUAGAGAUGAACUAAGACACUUCCAAAGUAGAUGCUGGGCAGCAAGUUAUGCUGAAGCCUGUCUGAGUAUCAGGAUGAGCACUACAGAUGGAGCUGGGGCCCCUGAACAGGAUGAAGAAGCCCGUGUUGUGCAUAUCUACCCCAGGCUGCCAAAGGACACAACUACCUACUGUCCCCUUCUGGUUAGCACUAGGGACACGGUGAGGAUUGUCAUACACAAUGCUGUGGUCAUGCUGGGCCUGGACUCCAGCCUGACAUAUAGCUUGAUAGAGGUCACAGAGAGCGAUGGAAAGGAGCGGUUGAUGGAGGCUGAGGAUUGCCCUUUGGAGCAAGUCCUGCUGUGGCCUCCAGAGAAACAGAGAUGGCACCCAAAGAGCCAAGGGUACUACUUCAUUCUUCAGCUGCAGAGCAACAACGGAGCAAAUCCAGUAGAAACUACUACAGAGGACUCUGAUGACCUCUGCAACCUCUCUAGUGUGACUGAGGAGAGUGUUCUGGAGACUUUACACCAACGCUUUUAUGAGCGCAAAAUCUACACCUAUAUCAACAAUAUCCUUAUCGCCAUCAAUCCCAACAAGUUCUUGCCUGCGUACUACAACCCAAAAUAUGUCAAAAUGUAUGAGAACCAACCACUGGGUCAACUAAGCCCUCAUAUUUUUGCCAUAGCCGAUGUGGCCUUCCGCGCCAUGCUGAACCGGCAGAUUGAUCAGUGUAUUGUGAUAUCUGGUGAGAGUGGCUCAGGGAAGACUGAAAGCAGCAGAUAUCUCAUUCACUGCCUGACUGCACUCAGCAAGAAGACGUACUCCACCAGGCUGGAACGAAGCAUCCUCGGGGCUGGGCCAGUGCUAGAGGCCUUUGGCAACGCUAAGACAGCAAAGAAUAACAACUCCAGUCGCUUUGGGAAGUUCAUUCAGCUCAACUACCUGGAGAGUGGUGUCAUCAGAGGGGCAGUUAUUGAGAAGUUUCUACUGGAAAAGGGCCGUCUGGUAUCCAGGGAUAAGAGUGACAGGAACUACCACGUGUUCUACUAUCUACUGGCAGGCGCAUCCAAGGAGGAGCAGGAACAGUUUCAUCUAUUAAAGCCGCAGGAUUAUCUCUACCUCAAGCAGGAAGACCUACAUUUAGAGGAUGAGAACAAACUCGGACAGGAGUACAAGAGGCUCCAUCAAGCCAUGGAGAUGGUUGGCUUCUUGGCCUCCACUAAGAAACACAUAUUUUCUGUCAUCUCCGCCAUCCUGCACUUGGGCAAUGUGACGUACACGCUGUCAGAGAAAACUCAGACUCUGGAAGCUGGACCAGCUGACGUCUUAUCUACACUCUCAAGCCUGUUAAAGGUGAAAAAGGAACCGCUCAUGAUGGCUUUGACCAAGAGGAAAGUAGUAACCGCUGACUCAAGUUCUGUUUUUCAGUAUACACUACAGGAGGCCACCUCGGUGCGGGACUCCAUGGCCAAGUCUUUAUAUGGUGCUCUGUUUGACUGGAUAAUCUUCCACAUCAACCAUGCGUUGCUCAACAGACGAGACAUGGAGGAGUCUGUCCCGUGUUUGUCCAUUGGUGUCCUGGACAUGUUUGGGUUUGAGAACCUCCAGACAAACCGUUUUGAGCAGCUGUGCAUCAACUACACCAAUGAAACACUACUGUAUUACAUCAACCAGCACAUCUUCAAACUUGAGCAAGAAGAUUACGUGUCGGAAGGCAUCACCUGGCAAAAUAUCAACUUUACCGACAACAGUGGCUGCAUUCAGCUAAUGAGCAACAAAUCAACGGGACUCUUUGACUUACUGGAUAAGGAGAGCAACCUCCCUCUGGCCACAGAAAAAAGCCUGUUGGACAAGUUAAAGCAGCAGUAUCGAGACAACGCAUUCUUUGUAGCCUCUCCAAAUACAGAGGCAACAUUUGUUAUCCAACACUUCGCUGGGAGAGUUAAAUAUCACAUCAAGGAUUUCAAAAAGAAGAACACAGAGCACAUGCGUCCUGAAGUUGUAUCACUUCUACGGAGCAGUGAGAGCUCUUUCCUGCAUCAUUUAGUUGCAUCCAGCCCGGAGGCACUGUUCCGAUGGGGCAUCCUCCGAGCAACCAUCCGCAUUGUCACAGUGUUCAAGAGCAUGGCACGCCAACGGGCAGCUAUUAUUGCUGCAAAACGAAGUUCUCGCAAGUCACUCAGAGAAUUGAAACGUCCAACAAAUCCAAUGGACAGAUUAUCCAGCAGCAGCCUGGAUUUCUCUUUUGAUCGCUCUGAUGAACAAACUUUAGAUCUGUUUGAUGACUUCCUUUUUGCCACCUAUGAACAGAAAAAGAAAAAUAGAGACAGUCGACAAAAGCAGCUCAUUCCAAAGAACCUCAUUGAUGUACGUUCACUUCAACACAUUGUUGGUCUUACGGCACACGACCGAACCAGCAAGUCAAUCUUCCACCCGUACCGGAGAACAAAGCUUCCUACUGUCAGCACUCAGUUUCAGGCAUCACUCAGAAAGCUGAUGGAGACAGUUGAAAAAGCAGAUCCUUUCUUUAUUUUCUGUGUCCGCUCCAAUGCUGAAAUGAAAGAACUGCACUUUGAUGCUGAAAUAGUGCUGAAGCAAAUCAGAUAUAUGGGCAUUCUGCCGAUGGUUCACAUGCAGAAGUCUGGCUAUGAAGCCAAAUACACGUUCCUGGAAUUUGUGAAGGAAUUCAGGAUUAUGUUUCCAAGAGGAGCCACUGCAACUCCAAAGCAGAUAACUGAACUCUUUGAGAGAAUGGGGCUGGAUAAGACCACCUACCAAAUAGGAAAAACUAAGGUUUUUCUCAAGGAGAAGGAGCGGAAGAUGCUUCGUGUCACUCUUAACAAAGAGGUGGUGCGUCGUAUCAUCACUCUGCAGCGCUGGUUUCGCACUUGUCUGAUAAGGUCACAUUUUCUGCAAAAAAGAGACGCCACAAGGAUUAUACAGAGGAGCUGGCGUGAGUUUAAUGAGAAGCAGAACCGAGCUGCUACAGUGAUGCUGGCUGCAUGGCAAAGUUCCCAUAAGAGGUCAGAACAAGGACAUAAUGAGGACUAUGAAGAUGGAUCCAGUAAUCGACCUGGACGAGACAGCUCAACAAAAAAGCAGUUAAGAAAACAAGAAAAAAUGGAGCUCAGCCCCAGCAGGGCCCUGCAGCCAGACCCAGGUAACAACCAGUCUGCACAGAGGGACAGGAGCAGGGAGAAACGAGACGGCAGAGGACCCCCCUCACAUCUCAACAGACCCCUCUCCAUCCCACUUGACCGUAGAGUUUGUGGCGAUCACAGCACCAGCCCCGCUCUUCAACGCUACACAGACAUCACAGGCGUGAAGGAUAAGGUAGAGAGGUGGAGAGGAAGACACAGUGAAGGGGAUCCCACAGAUGAUUCAAGUCCUGAAAUACGGCGACGAAGACAAAAUAGGAUAAAUGAGUUUAAUUGUAAAGGGAAGUCCAUGUCUGCUGAUGAAUUGUCCAGGAACAGCUCCUCAGGUUCUGAUAGCUCACCCUCUACCACAGAGGUUAGGUUGCGCCGUCGAAAGCCAAAGAAACAUAAGCGGCGUUUAGCCUGUGCCCGCAGUGGGUUGGGGAUGGACUUUGGGGGUUCCAAGGACAGUGAGUACUGGAGCUUUCCGCUGCCUCCUAUCAGCCCCACUUUGCCCAGCCUGAAGAAUUCGGCCAGUUGUGUGGAUGUCCGGGCCCUCCUAUCCCAGGGCAAGAUACCAGCACAUUCUGAUGCCUCAAGGUAUAGCCUUCCACCGAGGACGAACAAUGAGGGCUCAACACACCAGGACUCUAACCAGUUGCACCUCACCACCCCAGAGAGGAUUUGGUUCCUCGGUAAAUUUCUGAAGAAACGGCCUCCAAAACAUUCUCCUAACAGCGAUUUUUCAUCUAAUAAAGCUGUUACAUUGCCCAGCUACAAUCCACAAUUUUACCACACACCAAAUCAAAACAGUGGGAAGGUCAAUCGCAACCCUACUAUUCGUAUCAGCAGGGCUACACGAGCGCUGCAGGGGGGCAUAUCUCUGGAACGAGAAAUAACUGAUCCCAAGGAGCUACGAAGCCUGGAUGAGUUCCUUGGGAAUCAGGUUAAUGAGCUACAAACAAGAAUUAAAGAGCUGUCUCCGACAGAGGGCAUUUUCCUCAAAGCCACCAUGCAGUUCAGAGAGACCAUCAAAAGCAUGUGCUCGCUUCAGAAGCCCCAAAUUUACUACAAUGAUCUGAUGAAAGGCUAUCGCAACCAAGUGAACACACUAGCAGGAUCAAAGGACAAGUCUGUGGUCUCACUGGUGGUCAAUCUGUUCGAGUCUGUGCUGGAUGGCUUCAUCAGGGCCGAAGUAAAACGAGUGGAGUCUGAACCAGCUAAGGUAGUAAGACUACAAAGAAUAAGAGGAAAAAGGAAAAAAAGUUUUGAUAGUCCUUUGGAUCACGGUUCAACACAUAUCAGGUGAAACAUUAUGCAGUCAUGUGACUUGUGUGGCUCUUACAUAUGGGGAAUGGAGAAUGCUUACAUGUGUGAUGCUUGCAAGUUAAUUUGUCACAAGAAAUGCCUGAACAGAAUCAUCACAGAUUGUUCAACACGGUGUGCCAGGCAGGAUGACAGUGUGCCAGGCUCCCUCCACUUUGGAGUGCAGGUAUGUGUUCUGACCAGUAAAACCAACCCUGUGCCCAAAGUGGUGGAGCUGUUGCUGAUUCAUGUGGAGCUUAAUGGUCUCUACACUGAAGGUAUUUACCGCAAGUCUGGUUCAGCCUGUAAAGCGAGGGAACUCCACCAGAUUCUGGAGACUGAUCCUGAGACAGCAUGUUUGGAUAACUACCAAAUCCAUACCGUCACUGGCCUUGUUAAGCGCUGGCUCAGAGAACUGCCUGACCCCCUAAUGACUUUUUCUCUUUACAAUGACUUCCUGCAUGCUGUGGAGCUGCCAGAGAAAGAAGAAAGAAUAAAGGCUGUAUACCAAAAGGUCGAUGAACUUCCUCCAGCUAAUUACAACACUUUGGAGAGGCUCAUCUUUCACCUUGUUAGGGUUGCAAAGGAAGAAGAGCACAAUAAAAUGUCACCAAGCUCUCUUGCUAUUGUGUUUGCCCCCUGCAUCCUGCGUUCACCUGAUACUAAUGACCCCUUCCUUGGUAUGAAGGAUGUCUCUAGGACUACACUCUGUGUGGAGAUCCUGAUCGCUGAACAGUUCAGACGCUACAAUGAGAAGAUGCAGAAUAUCAAGCAGCUUGAAGAUGCUGAAGCCCAAGCUGUCAAUCAACUCAAACUUAAGAGACAAAACACGGUCAUUGAAAAGCCCUCAGAACUGGAUGUUCCUCCCCCCAAUACACUCAGAUGAGUCAGAGAAGACCCUAUUGAAAGAAUAAAAUCAAUCAAACAAGAAAAGGUGGACUUGGUCUGCAGGUUGCCUGACCUAGAGCAGGAGCAAUCUGACAGUGAAAACCUGGACUCUUCAUCAUCAAUGAGCACAGAGAGUCUAGACCAGCUACUAACCAUGGAGUCGGAAGGAAAGAUGACCCUGCAGUUGAAAGCCCAGAUGCCUGACCACCCCAAUAAACCUGCUGACCUGGCACAGAGAGUCAGAAGUCUGAUGGCUCAGACAGAUAAUGAACAGAAGGAGUUCACUUCAGAACAAGAUAUGGAUGUUACUCAGUCAAUGUUCUUCUUGCCCAGCCAAGACACUCCAUCCCCUCCCAGCAAUCCCCAGGUCACCACAAAGACAUGGAAUGGAAGCUUUGAUAACCUGGAAAUCCCAUACAUUGAUGAGGAAGAUCAAAUCUGAAACUAAUAGACAAAGCAGUGAAAUUCUAAAUAUUCUCAGUUAUGUGUUUAAUAUAGCAGCAAAAAUAUAAAUAAAUAUCUGCACUUUUUUAUAGACUUAUCAAUUUGUCAUUGCUGCUACGGACGAAGAAAUGGUUUGUGGAUUCAUAUUUACUGAAUGGGACAUUAUGUUGAUUGUUUCCUCAGGGUCUAUAUGACAGAGGGGGAGAACUAAUUAUUAUCUUUAUAUAAAUACGUUAUAUGGUUUUAAACAUAUCUGACUUGUACAGUACAUUUUAUAAGUAAAUAUUUUGGAUCAGUUCUAGAUGACAAGCUCUGUAAAGAAAAACAGGACAGCUCAAGAAGCAAGUAAAAUGUCCUUUUCAUGGCACUAAAGCAGGUUUGUGUCUGUGGGGAAAGAUCUCUUGUAUCUGUGCCAGAGGUUCUAGCAUUAUCCACAAUGAUUCUGCAUUGAACAAAUUGUGACAUUGCAUGUGUCUUUUUUUCUUCCCAUUUUCUUGUGGAUUACAUAAAGUACUACUGUGAUUGAUCUGAGACUUAGACAUGUCACCAGACUUGUCUUUUAGAAUGACUGACUACUUUAAAAUGAAAAGACCUUGCAGCUUCACCAAUUUAAUGUGCUAAUACAUCCUUUUUUGUAUGUCUCGGUAGAAAUUGUGUAUUUUGUGGUUGUGAUUAUCAGAAUCUGAUGCAUGCACCACUAAAUAAAAUAAAUUAACAGUUUUUAAUUGAAUCUUUCAGUAAUGCCAAUAACAUAAAAUAUCUUCAACAUUAUUGUUACUCCUUUUUCUUCCAAGCAAGUUUCCAUGCCUUACAUUUGUAAAUAUUUCUCUGUAUAUACUUAUUUUAAUAUUUUAUUUAGAUGGAUUUGAAAAUUGAUGCCUGAAAAGCUUCUGUCAUUUACAAGAAGUGUGGUAUUAAAUAAAUUGAUUUAAUUACGUGUAUUUCAGAGGUGUUGUCAAACAUCAGUGAGACCAUGCUCAUGUCAAACAUUUUUGGAUAUAUAUUAAAAGAAAAACAUUAUAUGUCUUCCCU